CGAGCGGGCGCCGCGGAGCGCGGGGCAGAGGGACGCUGGCUACCCUGGACAGCGCAUCGCCCGCCGGGUCGCCGCGCCGCCGCCGGGGAUCAUGGAGCAUCUAAAGGCCUUUGAUGAUGAAGUCAAUGCUUUUUUGGACAACAUGUUUGGACCUCGAGAUUCUCGAGUCAGAGGAUGGUUCAUGUUGGACUCCUACCUUCCUACCUUUUUUCUUACUGUCAUAUAUCUACUUUCAAUAUGGCUGGGUAACAAAUAUAUGAAGAACAGACAUGCUCUUUCUCUGAAGGGAAUCCUCACCUUGUAUAAUCUCGGAAUCACACUACUCUCCAUGUAUAUGCUGGCAGAGCUUAUUCUCUCCAGUUGGGAAGGAGGCUACAACUUACAGUGUCAGAAUCUUGCCAGUGCAGGGGAAGCCGAUAUCCGGGUAGCCAAGGUGUUGUGGUGGUACUACUUCUCCAAAUUAAUAGAGUUCCUGGAUACGAUUUUCUUUGUUUUGCGGAAAAAAACUGGUCAGAUUACUUUUCUCCAUGUAUACCAUCAUGCCUCUAUGUUUAACAUCUGGUGGUGUGUUUUGAACUGGAUACCUUGUGGCCAAAGUUUCUUUGGACCCACUCUGAACAGUUUUAUCCACAUUCUUAUGUACUCCUACUAUGGACUUUCUGUGUUUCCAUCUAUGCACAAGUAUCUUUGGUGGAAGAAAUACCUCACGCAGGCUCAACUGGUGCAGUUUGUGCUCACCAUCACACACACCAUGAGCGCUGUCGUGAAACCCUGUGGCUUCCCCUUCGGCUGCCUCAUCUUCCAGUCUUCUUACAUGCUUACACUCGUCAUCCUCUUCUUAAAUUUUUAUUUCCAGACAUAUCGAAAAAAGCCAAUGAAGAAAGAGAUGGAAGAGUCACCAGCAGGGAAAGAAGUUAAGAAUGGUUUUUCCAAAGCCUACUUCACUGCAACUAAUGGAGUAACAAUAAGCAAGAAAGCACAGUAAACAUCGAGUAACCAGACAAAGCAUAUAUAAUAGCCUAACAGAUUCGCUUGUUUUAAAGCAAGGACUGAAUUGCAAGUUAUAUAUGUUUUAGCAUAAACUAAUUUCUUUUGAGUUUAUAAAUCAUUUGUACCCAGAAUGUAUUAAUAUCUUGCUAUUAGGUUAAUCUGUUAACUGAAUGCUUCUGUCAGCACUGAGGUGAAGCUGAACUCUGUAGACCUCAGAACUGGUGCAACCUCUCCCUCCGUCCCCCGUCCCCCCCCCCCCCCCCCCCCCCGACUUCACCCCGCACCAGAAACCGUCUUUAUAAUGCCUUAUAUACAUCAAAGCCAGGAAACUCGAAGCAUUGUUUCUCACAGCAAGUCUUCAAAUUAAAAGUUAAGAGUUUUGUUCACAUUAAAAUGUUUUUUAAAAUGUUAAUUACCUUCUAAAUACAGGGUAUGUUCCAAUCUAUAUUAAGCAAUAAUUGUCAGUGCAUAAAGUAAUUAGGCCCUGUGUUCCUUUAGGAAUCAACCCCAUAAAAUUUAUUAGAAUGGGAUUAUAAAUGGAAAAUGUAGCAAAACUUUUCUCUUAGAGUCUGUCAAAUUCCCACAGCCACCCCUGAUUCUCAACUUAGUGAUAUGGUAAUGAAAUUUGUAUAUUUUUAUUUUGAGGAUUAGUUUUUCGAAGAAAAAAAAAAUCUUCUGCCAAACCCUCAUAGCUCAGGGGCCUUGAACAGGAGUUGUUCCUCAGUUUUAAUUUGGUUUCUUUAAUUAUUCACGUCUACCUCUCGUGUUAAGUUGCCCAGGUUAAGAUAUAGACAGAACAAUACUCAGUAUUAAAAGCAGAAUCUCAACCUGGCUGCUCAUCUCUUUCUGAACAAGGACCCAAGCCCCUUCUGCCCUCUUCCUUAGAAUGAUAUGCCACUGGGAUACUUACAAAUCAGAAUUAACAGCAAUCAGGGCAGAUAGACAUUGAACUUGUCAAUGAGUUCUUGUGAGCCUGUUUGUGAAUUUUGUUCCCAAAUCCCUGCUGUCACUCUUUGCAGGUGAAGUUUUUGAAAGUAGGAAAUAAAAAUUGGAAGACUGUGGAGAGAUUUCAACACUAAGCCGUGAGCUAGUCAUGAGCCGCACUGAAAAGUGCCGAUUUGGCAAACUCAGCUCAUCCUUUCCCUGCCCUGGUAACAGCCUGUACUGAGAAUCAAGCACAAAAGCCGAGGAAGGCAUUAAUGAAUAUUUGCUUCCUCCCUAAGGUGGGAUUGUUACUUACUAUUACACUGUACCAAGAAUGGAGACAGAAUGUGUUCUGAAGAUUUGAUGAUGGUUUAUACCCUAUAAAAAGCACUUAUACCCUAGACCUUCUUUUUAAAAUAAGUUUUUAGGUCAUAAUGUUGACAUCAAAUGCUUAAGUGCCAGGAAGGCACUGUCACCAUUGCCCCAACACAUUCCAGUCUGUCUGGGAGUGCCUUUCUGUCUUUUUUUUGCUUUUCUUGCCUCCUAACCUCUAGUUUUUAAUUUAUUUUUUCUCUUUAAAAAAAACAAAACACUGAAUUUUCUACUGACAUUGCAAACUGACAAUGUACUGACUUUUCUAAUUCUCUUUCAUGUAAACUACCCACUCAGGAUUCUGGCCCACUUUUUGAAAGAUGACUAGAUCUCACACUGUCUUCAUGGUGAAAGGUUGUACCCUGUAACAUCCCUUCUCUAUUUGUUGAUCUAGUUCUGUUGAACAGACAUCUGUCUGAUGCCCACUUAUUCUUGGAUUUAUUUUUCUAAACAGUUUUCUAAAACUGACUUGCGCUAGGGUGCUUAACCCCCACGUCCGUCACAUUAUAACUGUAUUAUUAUAAGUAUUGUUCUCUCCUAGAAACUCGUUGUAAAACAAGGGUUGUAAAACAAGGGCUAACUUUGGGCAUGACUGUUACUGCUCCUCGGUGACAAAUAGAACUUGGACUGAGGAGAAAGCCCUUGGAGCAACUGGACUCUAGUUCGGUUUUAGGUCCCAAACAUGGGCUAAAAUCCAGGUAAAAAUGAGACUCAGAGAGGACACAUCACUGUCAUUCAUGGUAUUCAUCUUAUUCUUAAUUGUCAAUAGGCCCUAAAGUCUCACCACUCGGCACCAUACCUGCAAUUCUGGGCGCUUCCAUGAGCUUUGUAUCUGCAGAGCAUGGCGGGAAGCUAUUGUCCAGCAGAAGGACAGGCCAAGGAGUGCUACACAUAGGGCAGCUUGACACCUCUCAGAUCAAAGGGGAAAACUGGGGUAGUUUACACUUUCAAGCUCAAUUUAAAGGUUUCAGGAUGAUUUCCAAUUGGUCUUUAAUUCUAGAGAAGCUUUAAUAAAACAUUUAUGGCCUUAAACCAUUCAAGGGCUGGUAAAAAUACAUGGAGCUAAGAUAUCUUAGCCACAAAAAUUGAAUCAGGUAAAUAUUUUAGCCUGUCAUUAAGUGUUACAGCUUUGAAAAACAAACUGUCUACUUAUGUGAUGUUCCUAAAACAAAACUGUAAAAAAUUUAUAAAGAAAAAAAUGGAAAAUGUUUUUUCCCAAAUUUCUUCUUACUCAUAACAGUGAAAACAUUUAAAUGAGUACUGUAAGCAGUAAGCAUAUCUGUUAAUAAUUCCCCCAGUUUUUAAACUAACAAAAUAGAACGUUUACUUAAUGGAAUUAAACAUAGAGUAAUUUUCAACCCUUCAAAAUUACAUAUUGAACUAUUUAGGCAUAUUGAGGGUGAAUUUCUCCCACCACCAUGAGAAAGGUACUUAUUUUAAAGCAAAAUGAUAUACUGCAAUGGGCAGAACAGCACUUUGUGUGUAGAGACCAUUCUGGUUCUUUCUAAUAUUUCCAUAUCAUUUUAUGAUGUUUCUGGGGGGCUUCCUUAUUCAGAAAAUAAGGAUAUCACUUUUUUGGUUUACCGUUGAAAGUACUUAUACCUUAAGAACAUAGUAUCAUGAUUGGGGUGGCCAGGGAGGCAGGAGAAGCCAUUUUUCUUUGUAGAUAGAUAAAAAGCAUUCUGUAUGAUUGUUGUAUAAUAAAUUGAUUUUUACACUAAA